AAAACUCGAACCCUAAGCCCUCGCUCAGGUUCUACUCUCUCACGGUAUCGCUGAUUCAGUAGAGGACUUUAGAUCUCUAUCUUCUUCUCUUAUCAACUAUCCAAGAGACUAUAGAUUGAAGAUUGAAGAUUGAAGAUUGAAGAUGGUGUCUGACGCUAGCAAGAAGAAGGCUGCUCAGAAGAAGGCGGCGGCGGCAGCCAAGAGAGGAGGCAAGGUACCUGCCGCCGUCGCUGCCGCUGCUACUGCCGCUUCAUCAAAAACGGCGUCGGAGAAGGCAGCCGACAAGCUCGCCAACGGAAUUGGUGAUAUUCAGAUAUCCGAUCGGACAUGCACCGGUGUCCUCUGCUCCCAUCCUCUUUCCAGGGAUAUUCGGAUAGAAUCUCUCUCAGUUACUUUCCAUGGACAUGAUCUCAUUGUUGAUUCUGAAUUGGAGCUAAAUUAUGGGAGACGUUAUGGUUUGCUUGGAUUAAAUGGUUGUGGAAAAUCUACCCUGCUUACUGCAAUAGGUUGCCGAGAGCUUCCUAUUCCAGACCACAUGGAUAUUUAUCACCUUAGCAGGGAAAUUGAAGCCUCUGACAUGUCUGCAUUGGAGGCUGUCAUAUGCUGUGAUGAGGAAAGGUUGAGAUUGGAGAAAGAAGCUGAAGCUUUGGCAGCACAGGAUGAUGGGGGUGGUGAAGCUCUUGAACGUAUUUAUGAACGAUUGGAAGCCAUGGAUGCAUCAACUGCAGAAAAGCGUGCUGCAGAAAUCUUAUUUGGUCUUGGUUUCAACAAGCAGAUGCAGGCAAAGAAGACACAUGAUUUUUCUGGUGGCUGGAGAAUGAGGAUUGCUUUAGCACGCGCUCUUUUUAUGAACCCGACUAUUCUUUUACUUGAUGAACCAACCAAUCACCUCGAUUUGGAAGCUUGUGUGUGGCUGGAGGAGAAUUUGAAGAAGUUUGAUCGUAUUCUAGUUGUGGUUUCACACUCCCAAGAUUUCCUUAAUGGUGUCUGCACAAAUAUCAUCCACAUGCAAAACAAAAAGCUGAAGCCCUAUACUGGUAAUUAUGAUCAGUAUGUUCAGACACGUGCUGAACUGGAAGAGAACCAGAUGAAGCAGUACAAAUGGGAGCAGGAGCAGAUUGCCUCAAUGAAGGAAUACAUUGCCCGAUUUGGCCAUGGAUCAGCAAAACUAGCUCGCCAAGCUCAGAGUAAAGAGAAAACUCUUGCAAAGAUGGAGCGGGGUGGACUUACAGAGAAGGUGGCAAGAGACAAAGUUUUGGUAUUCCGCUUUGUUGAUGUGGGAAAACUUCCCCCGCCUGUCCUCCAGUUUGUUGAGGUGACAUUUGGUUACACUCCCGAUAAUCUCAUCUACAAGAACAUUGACUUUGGGGUUGAUUUGGACUCUAGGAUUGCUCUUGUUGGACCCAAUGGAGCUGGGAAGAGUACGUUUCUAAAGCUAAUGACAGGUGAUUUGGUUCCUAUAGACGGCAUGGUUCGACGCCAUAAUCACCUUAGAAUUGCACAAUUUCACCAGCACUUGGCUGAAAAGCUAGACUUGGAAUUGUCUGCUCUCCAGUUUAUGACAAAAGAAUACCCUGGAAAUGAGGAAGAGAAGAUGAGAGCUGCUAUUGGGAAGUUUGGACUGUCAGGUAAAGCGCAGGUGAUGCCUAUGAAGAAUUUAUCUGAUGGGCAGAGGAGCCGUGUGAUAUUUGCAUGGUUAGCUUAUAGACAGCCUCACUUGCUACUUUUAGAUGAGCCAACUAAUCAUUUGGAUAUUGAGACAAUUGACUCAUUGGCCGAGGCAUUAAAUGAAUGGGAUGGUGGCAUGGUGCUUGUUAGCCAUGAUUUUAGGCUCAUAAAUCAGGUGGCCCAUGAGAUAUGGGUGUGUGCUGAUCAAACUGUGACCAGAUGGCAGGGUGACAUUAUGGAUUUCAAGGAGCAUCUAAGGUCGAAGGCUGGUUGAUCUGACUGAAGUACAUAGUGGGACUCCGCCGGACUGGGACUAUCUAUAAGAUCUACGUACUUAUAUUACAAUUUAGGUGGGUGUUGCUGCUUGAUGUGGAUUUCCCUCAUGGUGAUGAUAGUUGAGUUAAAUGGCAGGGAAUUGGUGUAGAAAUCGUUUUGAGCUGAGAUGUCCUCCACCCAGGUUAGAUUGGUAAUAUUUUUGUUUUUCAUUAUCUGUUACUGACCAGCAUGAUAGAUAACGGGAUAUAUGAUGUAAUACUUUGUAUGUUGUAACCAGAGCAUUAUAUUUACGGUAUUAGUUUCCUCUCUAGCUGUGUUGCUGAUAAUUCUUCACCCUUCGUAAGUUUCUUUCUUUUGCGACUGUUGCAUGAGACAAUUACAAUUAUCAAGGGUACCCAGUCUAAGGAAACAAAUUGUAGGUGAUAGAUAUGUUUAACAAAUGAUUAAGGGCCUAGCUCUUUCUCCUCCUACCCCCCUCCUCCCCCCUUUUUCUCCUUUUUUUUAGGUCAUAAGCAAGGAUGAGGACGGAUUAGUUGGCUGAGAGGAGAGUGGUCCGUUUCGGGGCUCAAUCAUGAAUGACACUUCUGAAGCUGCGGGGCCAUGCAAAGGUCUACAAGAAGAAAAUGAAAGGAGAAAAAGGGAUUAUAGAGAUAGAAGGCGAAGCUCGGAGCGUGCUUUGCGGUAGACUGAGUCUCCAUUUCUAUAGCUAGAAGGUUACGUUCUUUGUAAGUUGGAAGAUCACCAUCGUGUAAGCGAGUAUUUAAUAUAUUUCCAUAAAAAUGAGCAAAGUCUCUAGAAUACGAAUUACUUUGGAAGUAAAGUGCACAUGACACCAAUUUAUCUGUACAAAACUGGUAAGGAAGCUCUUAAGGGCUAGCGUCAUUCUUACUUUUGUGACAAUAUAAAAGGAAAUAAAAAGGGGCUCACAAUGCACAAAGCUACUGCCAGAAUCUAGGACUCUUUAAAAUUAGACUGUCUAAAUUAUUUUUAUCAUUUAUGUAGUGUUUCAAAAUCUGGCUCGGGUUGACCUGGGUUUCGGUGACCUGGUGCCCUUAUUGGUUCAAAUUGGUUUUAUGUUAAAUUGU